AUGCAGCAGGGUGCGUCGCCAUGUGGCGUAUCUGAUUUCCCAGACGUGUUUUGCUCGAAUGCGCUAUGUCCUUACCGUCAAGUAAUUGGGCGGGAACGGUACACUUCCAUGCAGUUGACGGCAGCCAAUCGUCUUUUGGAAGAGGGACAGCACUAUCUCAUCUUAAAAGGUGAGCGACUAGAGGCGGAGGUAAAGGCCAAGAACGAACAGCUGCAGCAGUUAGACGCCCUUGCAAAGAGGGAGGCGGCACGGCGGGCGGAGCUAGAGGAGGAGCUUGUUGAACUUCGGCGGGCAGUCCAUGCGCGGUGCUCUGCCGUUUAUUCCAACACUGUGCUGCAGGAGACGGAGGUAGCCCGCGUACAGCAGGAGAGGAAACUGCUCGUGGAGCAGGUGCUGCAGCUGCAGUCAGCCCUGAACGGCAUGGUGCGACUGAACGAGGCACUGCAAUAUGCAUUACGUUCAAAUGAAGUGAAGGUGUCAACUGUGGUGUCUCGUUUCCAGAAGCCGUCUACGGGUGCGCCACGUUGCCAGAGUCAGUCUGUUUCAUCGCUGAUAUCGUCAUCAUCGUCGUCAGCGACACACACCGUUGUUUCUCCUCCUUCCCAAGUAGAGAUGCCAGUGGAACCGGAAGAGGACUCGGACGAGGUGAAGAAGAGCAAUAACACACCUAUUGGAGACAGCAAAGGUGAUGAUAAGCAUGUUUCUUCCAUGGAAGACAAAAAACGUCAGGAUUGCCAUUUAGCCAUAGCGUCAAUGCGGAGUGCUGUCUCGGAACUGGAGUCCUUGCGGAUCUUUUUGAAUUCCCUUCGGGCAGAGACCUCGAGGUGA